AAGUCUGAAAGAGUUUCUCGGUCGUUAGGGCUAGGCUGACGGUGACGGACGUAGUACCGUAAAUCCAUCGAUCCGAACUGAAUUCUAGAGAGAUGAGUUCCUCAGCUUCAACUAAGGGCGGCAGGGGAAAGCCAAAGGCUUCCAAAUCGGUUUCUAGGUCUCAGAAGGCCGGUCUGCAGUUCCCCGUGGGGAGGAUCGCCAGGUUUCUCAAAGCCGGCAAGUAUGCCGAGCGUGUCGGUGCCGGUGCUCCGGUCUAUCUAUCUGCCGUUCUGGAGUACCUCGCCGCUGAGGUUCUUGAAUUGGCUGGAAAUGCUGCAAGGGACAACAAGAAGAAUCGUAUUGUGCCGAGGCACAUACAGCUUGCGGUGAGGAAUGACGAGGAAUUGAGCAAGCUAUUGGGAUCCGUUACGAUCGCCAACGGUGGGGUUUUGCCCAAUAUUCAUCAGACUCUCUUGCCGAAGAAGAUUGGGAAAGGGAAGGGCGAGAUCGGAUCUGCCUCACAGGAGUUCUAGAUUCUUUUAUGUCAUUCUCGCCCCUUUGUUUUUGGAUCCUGGAUGUAUAUUAUUUAGUUAUUAGCCCUUUUUGUUACUAUCCCUUUCUUCUAAAUCAAUCGAAAGUGCUUGUUUUUAGAAACAAUCAGGCUAAUUUCUAUCAA